GCCCGGGGCCUCGCCCCGCCGCCCCCCGGCCCCGUCCCGCCCGGCCUCGCCAUGCUCCACGCCGAGGGCCACGCUCUGCUGCGGGCCGUGGGGCAGGGCAAGCUGAGGCUGGCCCGGCUGCUGCUGGAGGGGGGCGCCUACGUCAACGAGGGGGACGCCCAGGGGGAGACGGCGCUGAUGGCCGCCUGCCGGGCCCGCUACGACGACCCCCAGAGCCGGGCCCGGAUGGUGCGCUACCUCCUGGAGCAGGGCGCCGACCCCAACAUCCCGGACAAGCUAGGCCGCACGGCCCUGAUGCACGCCUGCGCCGGCCGGGCCGGCCCCGCCGUGGCCGCCCUGCUCCUGGCCCACGGGGCCGACCCCUCGGUCCGCGACCACGCGGGGGCCUCGGCCCUGGUCCACGCCCUGGACCGCGGCGACCGCGAGACGCUGACCGCCCUGCUGGACGCCUGCAAGGCCAAGGGCACCGAGGUCAUCAUCAUCACCACGGACACGUCGCCGUCGGGGGCCAAGAAGACCCGCCAGUAUCUCAACUCGCCGCCCUCGCCGGGGGUCGAGGCCCCGGCCUCGCCCGGUCCGGGCCCGGGGCUCUGCACGUCCCCGUCGGAGGUCCAGCUGCGGGCCGGGCCCGGCGGCGGCCGGGCGGCGGUGGAGGAGGAGGAGGAGGAGGAGGAGGAGGGCGAGGAGGAGGAGAAGCAAGACGUGUUUGACUUCCCGCUGCCCGGGCCCAAGCCGCCCCACGAAGACCCCAGGGCCGCCCCGGCCCUCAUCUCCCCCGAGCCCCUCCCCCGGGCCCCCCGCCCCCCGCAACCCUUCAAGAGGCUCAACUCGGAGCCCUGGGGCCUGGUGGCCCCGUCCGUCCCGGCCGGGCCCGGGGAGCGGGCGGGGGCCGAUCGGCUGGCCGGCGAGUUCAACGGGCUGGGCCUGACCCCCGGGCCCCGGCUCGCCCGCCGCCACAGCACCGAGGGCUCGGAGAAGCCCCCGCCUUGGGCCGAGAAGAUGGCGCACGCCCCCUCGUCCUCCUCCUCGUCCUCGUCCUCCUCCUGCUCCCACGCCGGGGGCCCCCUUCCCCGGCGCAACACGGCGCCCGAGGCCCAGGAGUCCGGGGCCGCCGGCCCCCCGCCGCCCCCGGGGCUGCGGGCCAAGCUGAGCCGGCUGGAGGCGGCGGAGCCCGAGCCCCCCCGCGGCCCGGCCCGGCUGUCCGGACACGCUGCCCCGGCCCCCGAGCCGGGCCGCCCGGCCCCCGAGCAGCGCCGCCGCUACAACGCGUCGCCGCUGCCCCUGCCCCCGGGCCCGGCCGCCGGCGGGGAUCCUCCCCGGGCCUCGGCGGAGAACCCCCCGGGGGCCGUGUCCCCCCUGAGCGGGCGGCGCCGGAGCCCGGGCCUACUGGAGCGACGGGGCUCGGGCACCCUGCUCCUCGACCGCAUCGCCCACACGCGCCCGGGCUUCCUGCCCCCGCUCAACGUCAGCCCCCACCCGCCCAUCCCCGACAUCCGACCCCCGCCCAACGGCAGGCCCCCCUCGCCCACGCCCGCCGCCCACCCGGGGCCCCGGCCGCUCCUCCCGGCCCACGGCCCGGGCCCCGGCUCCCCCAGGGCCAAGAGGAAGCUGGUGAGAAGGCACUCCAUGCAGACCGAGCAGAUCCGACAGCUCGUCAACUUCCAGAGCUUCCUGGGGCCCGGGGACCCCGGCCACUGAGGCGGGGACGGGGAGGCCCCCCCGCCUCGGAGACCCCGGGCGCGGGGGGGGGGACCCGGACCUCACACGCACGAGAUACGCCCGAGGUCUUCCCGCCUCCCCCCGGCCUCGACCACCCUCUCCCCGCGGCCCCGCUCGGGGCCGGCUCGGGCCCGACGGAGGCGGGCUGGGGUUGGGGGGGACGGGGGCCCCUCUCCGCUGGGACACCCGCACGCACAGCCCACCUCCCCUCCCUGUCCCCGGCCUCCCGACCCUCUCCCCGUGACAGCCUUCCCUCCCCGCGCCCCCCGCCCAGGCCUGCUGCCCCCCGGCCCCGAGUCGUCCGCCCUUCCGAAGCUCAACCGCUGCUGCUUGCCGACCCCGUCCCCCACCCCGGGCGGAGACGGGUCCCGGCCGCCCGACCUCCGUCCCGACGGCUCCGUCCGCCCGCCCCGGGGGUGGGCCGGGGGGCCGGGGCCGGGUCGCCGGCCCCCGGCCCCUCCCCGACGCCCGAGUUCUUGACGUCUCCCGACGUCUCGGGCCGUCUCCCUCCCUGCCCCGGGUCCGGCUCCUCUCCCGGGGUGGGGGGGCGGGUCGACGGUCACUCUGCGGGAUCCGGGGGCGACUACCGCGCCCGCCUCUCGAACCCGGGGCCAGGAUGAGGCGGGGAGGGACCCCCUCGUCCUGAGGAUUUCGAAGCACUUUCGGCGACCCUCCUUCCUCCUCCCCCGGGGUCGGGGGGCGGGGGGGGGGGGAUGAUGGGAGGUCAACCCGUCCCUCCCCCCGCCUCCAAGUACUGUAAUGGGGUUCCUCGUUCUCCUGGAGAUUCUGGUCUACCUAUGGCAUCUUCUCCCUAGCCGUCCUCCUUCCUCCAUUUAUUUAGAGUGGGAGCCCCGGGCGGGCCGGGGCCGCGUCUCAGUCGAUUCCCGGAGUGCUCACUUGGGCACUUAGUUCAGUGCUUUGCAUAAUGUAAGCGCCUAAUAAAUGUGAUGAUGAUGAUGAUGA